AUGCCGACGAGGUGUCUAGUGAAGGGAUGUGGCCAAGUUUCCAUGCCACGGGAAGUAUCGUUGUUUGAAUUUCCAACUGAAGAAACAACUCGUGCAGCUUGGGCUGAUUUUGCCGGAGUUGACUGCCUCAGCUCCUUGAGUCGCAAUUCUCGAGUCUGCAGCAAACAUUUCAAGAAAGAGUGCUUCGCGAAUUACGCCAUGUGGACGAAUGGUUUAGCAUCCAGACUGUCUCUGUUACAAAACGCCAUUCCCACUGUUGUUUCUUCUGGCCACUUGGAAGCACCAGAAAUCAUGGAUGUAACACCCACUGUAAAUUACCAACCACACGCUCGCGAAAUCGGAAACAAAAGAGCUAGCCAAUGUGGAAAUGGAAUCCCUCCCAUGCCUGAAAAGAGAUCUGCUGGAACCCAACAUAAAAGACCCAAAAGAAGGAAUGUCGAAAUCCAGUGCAAGAUGACAAAAAGUUCCUUUUGCAAAGGAACUCAAGUGAAAUCAACAGUGAGGUCUAUUGCAACCCAGUGUGAUCUGCUCACAUCAAUACCGAGGUCCUCAACCCCAGUUUGCAGUGAUGAUGAGUUAGAAUCAACAGAAGUAGGAUGCACAGGGUCUAGCCUAUAUAUGUCAUCCAUCCAACAGUCAACAGCUACUGAAGGCAAUACUUUCUUCACAGAAGACAAUUUGGUCAGUGAAAAGAAGUUCAUUGUCUUCAAAAGCUGUUUGUGGGAAUUGUUCACUACUUGUCCUUCAUGCAAUUCAAACUGUACAGUUGAAGAAAAACUACAGACUGGAACACAGGUGUCAGUACUUCAGUCAUGUAGCAUAUGUGGAUACACCCGAAACUGGUUGUCCCAGCCAAACUAUGGUCAUACACCUGCUGGAAAUAUACAGCUUGCUGGAGCUAUUUUCUUCAAUGGUUCCUCUUGCAGUAAAGUCCUAAGAACUUUGCAAUCUAUCAACAUUGCAUCAAUUUCUGAGUCCACUUUCUAUGAGCAUGCAUCCAGAUAUUUGCAACCCACAGUUUAUCACAAAUGGAAAUGUGAACAAGAGAAUCUGUUUCAACAGCUAUCACAAAUGGAAGGUGGAUUAGUCUUGGGCACCGAUGGAAGAGCAGACUCCCCUGGUCAUAGUGCCAAAUAUGGUUCUUAUUCGGUACUUGAAGAACGAAUAAACAAAGUUAUUGAUAUCCAACUAGUUCAGUGCAAUGAAGUUGCCAAUAGCAAUGCAAUGGAGAAGGAAGGGCUUAUAAGAUCCUGCAACCACAUUAAGAGUUCAGGGCUCAAAAUUGAAACACUCAUCAGUGAUAGGCACCUUCAAAUUCAGAAGUGGAUUCGGGAAAAUCUGCCAGAAGUGACACACUAUUAUGAUGUUUGGCAUGUUGCCAAAGGAUUCAAAAAAAAAGCAACAGCUCUUUCGAAGCAGAAAGGAUGUGAAAUAAUUGCUGGAUGGAUAAAAAGCAUGUCAAACCACAUUUACUGGUGUGCAUCAACAAGUUCUGGUGGUGACGGUGAAUUGAUCCUUGCAAAAUGGUUGUCCCUUAUCAAUCAUAUGCACAACAUUCAUGAAGAUCAUUCGGACCAAUUCCCAUCCUGUGAACAUGGUGACCUUGGUGAGGCUGGCAGGUUGAAGAAAUGGCUGAAACCAGGUACAACUCCAUCAGAAAAAGCUGAACAGUUGAUCAGAGAUAAGAAUCUAUGCAAAAAUAUCCAGAAGCCGAGUCCUUAUCACCAAACCUCUAAUGUUGAGGCUUUCCAUUCUCUUAUCCUGCAUUUUUGUCCUAAAAUGACUGCCUUCAGUUUUAAAGGAAUGUUAUGCAGACUGCUUUUAGCUGCUCUGCAUUACAACGAAAAUAGUGACAGGCAACAAGCAACAGCAAGUGAUGGAAAACCAGCCUUUGUAAUCAAAUAUCCGAAGUACAAAAAAGGUGGCUACAUUGUUAGAGCAAAGAAAACUCCACCAACAUAUGAAUACAUUGAAACAUUGAUGAAGACAUUGUGUGACCAAGUCAUAUUUAAUAGCACCCUAUUUCAAGAAGAAAUUGCUAGCAUAAUACAGCCAGGUCCAAUGUGUGAAAAUUACGAGCACCCUCCUCAUGAAGAAGCUACUGCUCAGUAUUACAAACGCUUUAACAUUUGAACGGAGAGUGGCCAAAUUCUGUCAUUGGCAGAAUCUGGAAUGGGGAAAUGGACACCUCCAUGCCUCCACUUGUCUGGGUGUUCACCUUGGGAAAGUGAUAGCACACCUUUAUCCUCCCUGCCAGGGUAACGGUGCAAAUGCAAGAUGAACAAGAAGACAAAAAAUAUGUUUAAACCCAACUGGAUCAUGAUCAAUUCAUUUUUCACUACUUACAACAAGAUUUACAUUCUUACCAUAUUUUCCUAUAAAUCCUACUCUUUUGAACAGGAGAGUAUAAAUUUAUGUUGACAAAAUGUUCUUGUAUUAAUCAUAGAAUCUUAAUGUUUAAUUUUAUAAGAAUUAAUUACAUGAAUAAGAAAUGGUUUUCACGCAAUUUUGUAUCAUGUCAGGAUGGAUGGUGGGAAGGGUGGGGGUUUUGCUAAGUUUUGGAAAAAACAUGCACAAAUGUGACUAGACAUUCAAUUCCAACAAGGGCCAAAAUUAAUUUAUUCAAACAAUGUCUUGCGUAGCCUAUGCUUUUUCUCAUUUGCCACUUGUUGGUGUUACAGGAGGAAGAUGAUAAUUACUUGUAAAGCAUUUUGGCCCUUACAAGAGAAAAACUAAGCAUUGCACUAUUGCCAAAAUAAUAUCCCUGUCAGGCUGUAUUUGGAUAUAUACCUUCACAAUGACUAACUAUUAACUUAAUUCCUACCACAUAACCCCCCCCCCCCCAACUUCAAAUAUUUUAACUUUUAAACCCUACAAACUCAUAUGCUGCAAAAUCUUCUUCAUUUCCAGGUGGAGGAAAAUGUGCUCGGAUACAACAGACAGCACAAGCAGGCAGGACAACCCGUACCUCCCGACCAAGAAAGCCCCAGCACCACCUGGCAAGCUGACGAUAUGCAACAUGCCUGUUUUUUUUAUGCUGUGGACCUUCAUAAUGAUCAUUGUACUGGGCACUAUACUGAUAAAAUGCAGUUUGCAGAACCCAUUUAUUCAGGCAAACAGCACGGAGAGCAUCAGUAUCUGUAAUGCAGCUGCUCCUGUCAUUCCCUUGAUCACAUUCGCCGAUUUCUUCAAGCUUCUGACUGACUUCUGGGAUUUCCUGGCAGCAGAUGCAUUCGUUGGCUUUUGGCAUGAUCUGACAGUGACCACAAGAACACCUAGAAAUUGCAAUUUUAUUAAUGACAAAGGACUUUUUUAAAACUCUUUCUCAAUGUAAAACUCUUUCCCCUCUUUGAUAUGGCUUUUUAAUUAGUUGUGUUAUCACCUUUGAUUGCAAAAGUGAAGGGAGGGGCAGUUAAUUUGUAAGCAGAUCAGAGAAGAAACUUAAAGUCAAUAAAUUGGCAUCUUUCCAGAGGGGAGAUAAACAGGAAAAAAUCUAUAUUCUAAGGUCUUGGUAAAGACUUGCCCUGAAAUUCUUUUAUAAUAGAAUCCUUGGUCGAAGCUUCCUUAUAGUUUGGUCAAAGUCUUGUGCUUACAGGUUUUUGUUGGGUAAAGUCUGCAGCUUAUUUGGUUCGUGAUAGUGUAUUUACACUUUGUCUGAGCAUGAAAAAAGGAAGGCAUCUGUGCUGUUUAGAAGAUGGGAUUAACUUUCAAUUGAACAAGUUAACAUGAUUUCGAGGUGGAUGGUAUCAAAAUAAUUUUCAAUUGCAAAUUUUCAUGUCAGUAAUCUAAGUAAACUAAAAAUGUUUUCAUUUAUCAACAUUUUGAAUUAUGCUUGUUUAUUUAAUGACUCUUGCUUCUUAGGUAUGUAAAACAAAUCUUCCUUUUUUGGUAUUCAAGUAUUUUUAAUUCAAAAGCACUUCAGGAAUUUGCACACCCUAAAACUUUAAAUUCCUAAGUUAUAAUCAAAAAAGUAGCCUUGCCACCUAUAGCCUAGAUUUACAGUAGUAUCCACCUGAAGAGGUGCUGUCCUAAAUACUUUGGAAGGGGGCUCUGCUGUAGGCAAAUCACAAGACUCUCUGUGGUAUGUAGAACUUAUUCAAACUAUUUGAUGACACAAUAAGACUGAUAAGAAUUGCUUAUUAAUGAGGAAUCUGUAGUAUAAAGGGUUGCCAUCACAGAAUUUGUCCAACCAAAUUUGAUCCCCCCAAACAAAAAUCUGUUAGAAUUUUAACAAGGUGGCUGAGCCCCCACCCCACCCCAUCCACGUCAACACUGUCCCUCUGGGAUAGGCAAAUGGUAUCAAAUGAGUCUGAGACUUGUGAUAAGGAGAAAUGGGCCAAAAGCUAGCAAGGAAAUGCUUAUUUCAUACGUGUUUGGAAAAGUUUGCAAGGAAAUGGCUGCAGUGCUAAAAAGUGAUCUGUAUCUAUCCAAAGCACUCUCUUUUAAUGAAAUUAAUAGUCAUUUUAUUUGUUAGUCUUGUAUUAAAACUUACCAAGAUAAAUCUUGAAGUCUGCCAACAUCAACGUUGCCACUGUCUCUCAUGUCCGUAUUUGAGUCCGUGUUCGUGUUUAACUCUUCUUCCCGAUAUUCUGGCUCAAAUUGGUAAGGUAACACCUUUCCAUCUUGAGUCAGAAUAUCUGGAGAGCCACGAGAAUCAUCAUCUGCUGAUAGGGAAUCUGGAUAAAAGUCCGACAUUCCGAGGCAAACACUCGAACAGAAACUUUCCGUGUCGCUUGAAGUGCUGUCUUCCAUUUUGAAACUUUUCGUACACGCUUUGGACAGCCGAUGAUCCUACCGUGAAUUUAACCGAGGCCGAAAAUCUGUGUGACGUCAAUCCGAAGUGCUCCGAUAAUGGCGUUCAAAAACAAUUCAACUCAACGACCAAUAUACAAAUGCUUAUAACUACAAAACGGUAAGAGAUAUGAAAAAAAUAAUAGCAGAUCCGUUUUCAGGAGGCCAGAUUACAUCGUAAUCGAAAAUAAAAAUUUUGGGCUGGAGUGGCCCUUUAACUGGUAUCAAGACAAGAUGCGAGAACAUUUGCUGCAAUGCUUUGAGCAGAAAGUCAUAACAUUUUCCCCACAUUCUAAGAAAACAUCACCUUGCAAGAAAGAAGUGUACAUGUGCAGCACUUUUUGCAUUUGCUUGAAGCACAAUUGCUACCAUUAUGACCAGCCAAGAUGCAUAGAGUGGUCGGCAAAGCAAGCUGCUGCACUUGUAACUUAAUCCUACAUCCUACCUGCUUGGGUUUGACUAAUUUUGCAUUAGCGAAAAUGAGUUUAUUACUUUUGUGUCAAAUUCUGAGCUUUGCUUUUAAAUAUUUCUUACUUGCAUAUGUGCCCCAAAUCUUAAAACAGGACCGGAGCCUGUCUAACAAAAAUUUAUUUUAAAAUUCGGACGAUUGAUGCAAGAUUCACAGAAUCUGUCAGAGAGCCUGCCCAGCGUAUCCUCCUUUUUACUUUUUUUUCUCUUAAGCAUGAUUCCUGUAGCAGAAUAUCCAAAAAUUUCCAAGCAUUUAAUACAUACUGGAUCUAACAUCAGUUAACCGUCAUAUAUUGUUUCAUCAAGUCAGAAACCUCCGCCAUUGCAUAUAACCUCCAUCUUAUUCCACCUAGUCCUCAGUUUCAUAGAUGUAUGACGUCAUGUACGUUAGCUGACUAUGAUCUAGUGCCAACCCCCUCUGAAUGGUCUAUUCCAACACCUCUAUGGCUGGAUGACAUUCGUCAGGAGACUGGAUAUGGGCCAACAAAUCUCCCUUUUUUCGAAUCUUUACAUUUUCUUCAUGUAUUGGAACAAAUUGUAUGGCCCUAUCUUUCUGGGUCGAAUGAUUCAAAAUGGGCAGAUCAUAUUUUCUCAUACAAUCAUAACAAGAGGAAAAACAGCAAAUUAAUUUAUUUCUAUAGCUUUGAGUUCCAAAAUCGAGGCACAGUACAUAUUCAUUUCCUUCUCUGUUUGAAAAACAUAAAGUAUAUUGAUUAUCAACAUAUAAAAGCAGAUUUGCCCAAUGAUGAUCUUCUUCUUUUCUAUUUGGUUAAGAAGUGCCAAACUGCUCACAGGUCAAGCUUGCCCAUCAGCGAAAAUGACACUCAUGUUGACGAAAGCAGUCAAGUUCCCGUUCUCAAAAUAUUGCACCCUCCUUCUGCCCAUGCACUAGGUCUGCGUGCAUAUAUAGAUACAGUCCUGGCCACCUUCAAAUCUUCUAUGGAUGUACAGACUUCUAAUGGCAAGCAGAUGCUCAUGAAAUAUGUAACAUCUUCUGUUUCCAAAGCAAAAGAAUCGUUCCACACUGACGCCUUUUUUCAUCUAUUUUCAUCUAAUCCAGGUACUACAGCAUUUAAGUAUGCCAUGUCCUUAGACAGCAGAACCAAAAAAGUGGGUCCCGCUCACGUCCAAAAAACUUUCUUGGACAAUUGCCACUGGUAAACAGUUUCCUUUACCGUUGUCACCAGAAGCAGUUCAAAAUAAUCAGACAUUGCUAAAAUCUUAUGCACAGACCUCAAAUUUUGAGACUUUUUCUUUAGCACAAUGGUUACGUGUUGCUGACGGGACUCAAGCUGUUCCUACUCAAUAUAAAAAAGACAAAGUUGUUUUAGUUGGAUUGAAGUUUGCAUCAAUUUUCAAUCCUGGAUAUUUGUUUCAGUACCUUCUUGUACAUUUUGCUCAUCGAACUUUGGAGCAAAUUAAUCUUUCUCUUGAUCAUUCUCUACCAUUUCGAAUUAUUUACUUUCAUAAAGCGCAUUUAUUAAUGCAAACCUGUUUCCCAGAUGGCUGUUUUUUCUUGCUGCAACUUUGGAGAUAUAUGGACACAAAGAAUAUUUUCUCAAAACUAAUUCUGCAUUCGUGGAGAGCUUGAUAGACCUUAACAAUUCUUAUAGACGACAAAUCCUUCCAUGUGCUUUCAAAUCAACACUCCCUGAAGCUCAUAUUAAACAGGAUUUAAACUUGAGAGGCAAUCAACUGGCAAUCAACAAUUAUUUCAAGAAAAUAGUUGAACAACGAGAACAAUAUCUUUUUACCAAUCGCAAUUUCAUUGAAAACCCCAUUGAUUGGAAAUGCUUUCCUUCAGUAGUUGGCAAACCUUGAACUGGAAAUCUUACACAAUUCAGCAAGGUAUUCAAUUCUGUAUUGAGAAUAAUCUUCCAACUUGUGCUGCCACGCCAGCCGGCACUAUGGCAUGUACGUACAAAGAUUUAUAUGAGGAUAAAGUAAGUAACUUGCGAUUCAUAGACUCUUCUCUUUCAAAUGUCAUGCUACCCUGUCUUCAUCAAUUAACACAAUGCUUUAUUUGUAUGACGUCAUAUUCAUCGAUGAAAUAUACCAAGUUAGCUUUUCCAUCAUGCUUUACAAGCUAACAACGUUUUGUCUAGACAGCCAAUCCUUGUACUUUGUGGAGACUUUUGUCAUCAACAGCCUCUUGCUACACGAAACAAUAGGACAGUACAAGCAGAAAACAUUCUUUCUUGUGUCCACUGCAUGUCUUACGUUGUAAAGUUUGCACUUUUACAGCAAUUAAGAAAAUAUCAACCCUCUCGUUAAAUGCAGAUUGGGCACAUCAAAUUCUCUAUAGAGUGGAUGUCAUUGGUCGCACAAUAUCUCCUAGGGUGGCAACAACUGCAAGAAUUCCUGUGGCUCCAAGGAUACUGAAGGAGAGAAAGCUCGAUUUCCAGCGAAGAAUAAAAAUUUUGCAAGCGAGAUACCAGGUAUCGGAUGAAUUGAUACUAAAUUUUGACCAGACGCCUUUGCCGUAUAUUUGUGUUUCAAAUCAUACACUCCAUGAAAAAAGGCGCUUCCAGUAUACCAUUGGUUGGCAAGGGCAAGAAAAAGCAGAUCACUGGAACUUUCACUAUCACUAAGUCCGGACACUUCUUUCCCAUGUAAUUAAUCUACCAAGGCAAAACUGACAGAUGCCUGCCAAAAGAUGUUAGUUUUCCUGGUGAAUUUGAUCUCACAUUCACUAAGAAUCAUUGGAGCAACAAAGAAAAAGCUUUACAGCAUCUGACAAAAGUUGUUGAAAAGAAGAAAGCCGAGCUUAAUUUGCCUGCUGAGCAAAUGUCGUUGUUAAUUUUUGAUGUCUUCAAGGGUCAGAAAACCCAAAGGUACCAAAAUCACCUUGAAAGCAAUGGAUGCGCACUGGUUUACAUUCCGGCAAACUUGACAGAUCAGUUCCAACCCUUAGACAUCACAGUGAAUGGCUCUACUAAAGAGUUUUUAAAAAAGGUAUGCGAAAGAAAUCUCAUCCCAAAUUGAAAGUAGAAGGGAUGUUUAUGAGGUUGAAGUUCCUUUCAAGCUGUAAGCAAUGAAGCCUAUUUCCGCUAGGUGGCUCCUUGGCUUGUAUGAAAUGCUCAACUUUGGUGAUAUGAUAUGAAAAGGAUUCAAAAUAGCCGGAAUUGAUGAAGCUAUUAUCCUUGAAUUUGAGCUAGAAGACCCUUUUGAAGAUUUAAAUGUUUGAACAAACAAAAGUGCUUAUGAAUUUUGUGAAAUAGUAACACAUAAAUAAACAUAAACAAGAAUAUUAGUGAUUCUGCUUCUUUCCUCUUUUACUUUAGAAAAGUGAUUUUGAAAAGGGAUUUCGAUCCAGAAGAUGAAUAUUUUUAGUAAAUCAAUGACUGGACAUAGUUUUCCUUUCCAGAUUCAAAAGACCAGGCAACAUUUUGUCUGAAAUUUUAAUUUGUCUGAAAUGCCAAAAGCUUGUCCGAAAAUUUUUCCGCCCCAGUUUAUUGUCAGAAAUUUAAUCUGCUGAAAAUUUUUUUACUUAAUGUAUGCUACAACAGUUUCAAAGUUGCAGGGCCAGACAUUAAAGAAAGUAACAGUUUGGCUUGACACAGAAACCAAUCCUGAGGUUUCUGCCUAUGUCGCCUUAUCUCGGGUAAAGUCACUAAAAGAUUACAUUUUCUGACUCCUUAGAACAAAAGACAGUUUAGACCAGUUUCGUAAAGUUACAUUAGCUAAACAUAUACGCUUUAAAUUCUCCAUUAGGCUUUAAAUCAUGCAGAAUUCUCAACGGUAUAUAAUUCAUUAUAAUUAUACGAUUAUACAAUUUGAUGUACGAUUUUCAAAUUCAUUAGAAAUUUUUCUAAAACUUGCAUGGGUUUUUUCCUCUUAGCGUCAGACAACUUACAGUGUCUCUAUUUUUUAAAGAUGGCCUACACACAAUAAAAUAAAAUCAAGGGAGUUCGUUACUUCAACCAUUUCCCAAAAAACUUUUUGAAACUCAAACUCAAAAUAUUUUUUCCAACAUAAAAUUGAUUAAUUACAAUAUACCGGUUAACAUAAUUAUACUAAAUAUAAAAUAUCCAAGUUAAUAUGGCUAAAUAACAAUGAAUGGUCAAUCGCAAUAUUUUAUAGAGAGCAAUGAGAAUUAAACAAUUUUAGGCUGAUGGACACAUGGAAAGAACUUUGGGCAAGCUAUCGAGCCAUCUAUCCAAAUUGACGUGUUUAUAAUGACGAUUUUAAGUUUGAAUAAUAACAGGAUAUAACAAGAAUAGAAUAAAGUAGAACGAAAUAAAAAUAAGACUGUAAUAUUGUAAUAACAGCUAAGUGCAAUUAUAAAAAAAUCAUAAAGUAAUCAAGCCUACAAAUGUCAAAUUUUGUUCGUAAGAAAAUAUUUCAUCUGUUUCACAAAGUGGUGUUUAUUAUCCAUCUUUUUUAACUUUAUAGGUAGGGAGUUCCAAAAUUUAAUACCAUCGAAAGUGAGAAAGUUUUUUAAAGUUUGUAGAGAUGGAUGAAGAGAAAAACCUUCAGAAGAAGAUUGCCAUGUAUUAUAAUUGUAUACAUUUUUUGUUUUUACAAACUCGCCUUCAAGAGAAGUUUUGUCAGAGCUAAUUUGAUAUAUCAUUAUCGCCGAGUUGAAGCAUAUCCACCAGAGCAGGUAGCCCUUUCACGCCAAAGGCCAGAAGGCUGCAAAUGGCUUAGAAGGCCCCAUGUGGCAACGUCAGAGCUCUGCCCUACAAUAACAGGAAAUUUGCAAGUUUUACAGAAGCCCAGCCUUUUUCUUGAUGAAAGGAAAUUAUUGGGCUUGACAGAAAACCUACAGCCUGUUCUCUUGGCUCCUUCUCAGAAAGAAAGUGAAAUUGUCCCAAGUGGUAAAAUCUUCUGUUGGCCAUUUUAUAUCCCGGCAACACACUAGCAGUACAACUUGAUCAAUGUGUUGAGCUUUGCGCUGCUCUAUUUUUGAUUGGGGUCAACUUCAAGGUUGCACAGACACUGAUUUCAAACCCCAAUAAUUAUGCACAUAUGAAAACAUUCGCACCCAACAAAGAACCAAUCUUCAAGACCACCAAAAAUAUCAUUAAUUUACUCCCUUUGCUACUUAGCUCCCAACCAACCUCCACCAUUUCAUCACCCAAUGUAUUUUCUUUAACUUUACAGCUUCAAACACAGGAAACCACUUAUCCCAAUACAACAUCAUUACCAACAUAAUCGCAACAACUUUCUAGAACAGCUUCAACAGAGUCCUUUACUAACCAACUGUUAUCCUAACAACUUUCUACAACCACUUCUGCAGAAACCGUAACAAACCAACUUAUAUCUUCUUCUUCAAAAAUAUUUACAUUGUUGAGAGAUGAAUGCAUGCCAAAGAUUUUUGGGGACCAAGAUUUUUUGGGCUGUGAGGGCGUGACAAAGUUUAUGUUAUAAGACUUAAGUACGGGAUUACAACCUUACAUUGUCACUGUUACAAAAUGUUAUAAAAGGUAUUCUUCUAUAAAUUGGCACAAAGUUGUAUCUUCAUAAGUUGCAAGUAUUGUGAAAUUUCUGUGUCAUUAUUCUGAAGGAUGUUGCACUCAUUGGCCUUACAAUGCUAUAAGGCUUCAGUAUGGGGAAAUUUUCAUUACUCUCAUACUCUAGAAAGAUGAUCAUCAGCGUCAUUACAGUUACAUUUAACAUACAAAUUUCUGCCCAGUCAACAACAACAUUAAAAUUUACUGAGGUGAUUUGGACAUAGGUUGUAAAAGGUGUCCGAAUUCGCCUGCAUCACAAUACUGUCUGGCUGGCAGGCUAUUCUAUACAGAAAUGAUUGAAUAAAAAAAGGAAAACCUAACAGCAGCAACCCUUCCGAAUUUAGGCAUGAUCUUCAAUGAUUUAAAGUUCCUUGUCAUUGAACAAGUUGCAAAGUAAAAAAUUGCAAUUUUGCAAGCAUGUUAGGCUAAGUAAGCUUUGCUCAAGUUCCCUUUUUUGUGUCAACAUGCUCAUUGCACAGUCGACAGGUAUGCAUUUGACAUGAGGAAGGGCCAGGAUUUGGAUGAAUAUCCCCACAGAUUGAUAAAAGUAACAGAAUGGGUUUCCUGUAUUCUCUUCCCUUGGAAACUAUUGGUGAAUGAAUUGGGAAUACUACAUAAAAGCCGAAAAGAUCAUUUGUAAAGCUGCUUUUGGGAGGAAUGAAAGUGUUUUCAAUCAUAUAGAAAUGCGACGAAUAGGAGAUUGACACUUGGCUUAGUUGUAUGGUCUGAACUUUGACACAGAGCAUAAAAGACAAUCUGAGCUUGGAGACGUGAUUUCUGUGUACAAUAGGACCCAUUUUACACUGAAAAAGCCUAGAUUUGGAUGCAUUUUGUUUGUAAAGCAAUGAAAACUUAUUUCGGUUCACCAGUGCAUAAAUUAUCGGAAUCUUGUAGAAGAAACUUAUUGCAUCUAAGAUUAUAUUGUCGGAAAUUACCUCAGUAAAUAAAUAAUGCAACAUGAAAUACAAAGGUGAGGUCCAAUGGUAUGCCUAUGGCUGCCCGCAAUAUAAACGUUAGUGAAUAGUUUAGGCCUGGAAAAAAUGUCCUUUUUUAUGUAAUCUUGAUCCAUUUGGUUAUAUAAAAUGGCUUAAUCCUUAAGAGAGAAAAUGUUUGAGUGAGAACAAGCCAAGUCGCGUCUUACCUCAAAGGUGACAUCUGACAUGGGUAGAUGACACCUAUCUCAAUAAUUACCACCUGAUGUAGUAGUCCUUAAUUGCUAGCUAUCAUCACACAAGGCUAUCUGCCAUCAAUUUCAAGGAGUUUUUGUAAAUCUCUCAAUCAACUUUAUUAGGAUUAAGUAUGGAAUAAAAUUCUUUUUUUUCUAAAUAAAUAUUUUUCAUGAAAAAGAAUCCAGCGUAUUGACAUUGUUGAGAAAUGAAUUCAUGCCAAAGAUUUUUAGAGUCAAGGUUACGGUUAGGCUGUAAGGGCAUGGCAAAGUUUCUGUUAUAAGGCUUAAAACUCUGGGAACAUAAUUUCACUGUAUCAUUGUUGCAAUAUUGUAUAAGGAAUUCCUUUCCAACUUCGUACAAAGUUGUAUCUUGGUCAUUUGAUAGUCUCGUGAUUUUUUUGAGUCAUUAUCUACAAGGAUGUCUGACUUACAGGCCUUUCAAUGAUAUGAGGGUUCAGUACUGAAAUCGAUCAAAAUUCAUGACGUCACAGGUCCACGCCCAUAGUUCUGAUUUCAAUUUUCUUCUUGCAAUACUUAUUUCUUCUGAUUAUGUAUCUAUGUGUCAAUUUUCAAGACAAUAUCUCUUCUACUUUUCCAUUUGCACUUCUUCUUUUCUAGGAUCUGCCAUUAUGGUGAUUAGUCUGCCAUUAUGGUGAUUAGUUAGCCAUUCUAGAAAUUAAGGUGUGUCAGCGGUUUUUGUGCUAAUAUCUCCUUCAAUAUUUAUCCAAACCAGUCACAUGUAUAUAUCAUUAGAAAGAGCAGAAACUGCUCUAUCUAAUGGUGUCAAGCUUUUCACAUUUCCUAUCUUUUUAAGAAAUGUUAUUUGACCUUACUUGUUUUUGUCAAACAUUGUGUACAAAAUUAUCUGUUAACAGUUCUUCUUUCUCAGCUCACUUACUUGCAGCUAGCGAACGGUCCUGAAUUUUCUUCUGAUCAUGGUAAAACAAAUUUCACGUUGAUAAUAAAGUGUUAAAGCAUAAUACAAUAAUAUUUCAAGUUUUAGCUUCUAAAUUCAUUAUUCCGAUUGUUUCAUUUAAAGUUUAUUUGUUUUCUAUACUUUGAAGAUCGAUAAUCUUUCAUUUCAAUCAAUUUUAGCAACUGACAUGUUUUGUUUAGUUGUCAUUUAUAAAUGAUAAUUUCUUUGAUUUGCUUAAUUACUGUUUCCCCUUUUCUUAUAGAUGCCUCAAGGAUUCUUUCAUCUUAAAGAAAUAUACUUCCCGAGAAAGACACUGUAAGUACCUUUAUUUGUUUAUCUUCAAAACAUUUAUUCCUUGGAGAUUCUCUUUUGCUGAAUGAAAGGAAUUAUUUGUCAAAAAGUAACAUUCCUUUUAAUUUAUGUUACACACUUCUCUCUGUUAUUAUGCCUAUUCCAUGGAGUUAAGAUGUUGCACACUCUUACUGGAAAGAACAAGAUAAGACAGAAUUAGAAACUAUUCACUCCCAGCUACACCUUACAGAUUGCAUACCUUCCUUCCCACAUUCUCCUGUUCCUUCCUUGGAACGCUGGUGCAAAACUCUCUCUUGGAGCAAAUGUGAAAGCUGUAAUAGCAUAAUAGCUGAGAAACUGUUGCCAAGUUUUAUUAAGCCCCAAAAAUCAGAAGCCAAUCUGCAAUACCAGUGUCGCAAUGACAGAUUUAUUGUACAUGUUUUUCAGAAUAUUCCAGUCCAACUAAGAUCCUUGACAGAGGUUCACAUUGAAGCUCUGAGACCAUGUACAACAGCCCUCCACUUUCCUCUUUCCAUUCCGUCUUCAUCCUACUAAAAAUAUUUCAAUACAAGGGAAGAUUUGCAUUGUGCUAAAGCAGAACCAACUAUUGUUUAUGUGUACAAAUGGGAUGGCAUUGAAUGUGCAUUAUGGCCAAACCUAUACCCUUGCACAUCUUGGUGUGACACAAUACAUGACGGCUCUUCUGACUGGAAAAGUUACAAAAUUUAUUUUUUAUUUAAAUAUCUUUCACCAAUGAUUGACCAUACAUUACAUUUUGAGUUACUUCUAUUUCAAUUCGACUGUUGGCUGUACAAAACUAUUACUGGUGCUAUUUAUUCAUUGCGUAAUACUGCAAAUCAGCCAAUGACUUUCUUUCAAGCAUUACAAGAUAUGCCAUUUUCUAAAGGCUAUUGGGACUGGCAGUAUCGCUUUUUAAUUGAUGCGGUCCAGCAAUUUAGCUUUCCAGCACUGUUUAUUACAAUAAAUCCUACAGAAUGGUCCUUUCCUGUUCCUUGAGGACAUUUGUGAAAAAACUGGGCAUGGACCAACAACUCUUCUUUUUACGAAACUAUUAAUUUUCUUCAUGUCUUAGAGCAAGUUGUGCGUGGCUUCCUGUGUGGUUCAAACGACAGCAAAUGGUCGCAUCAGAUCUUGUCUUAUAACAAUAAUAGAAGCAAAACCAACAUCAUGACAAACCUUUAUCGCUUUGAAUUUCAAAAACGUUGAACUCUACACCAACAUUUCCCUAUCUGGCUCAAAAAUAUAAAGUGCAUUAACUAUUAUGGUACUCCUGCUGAUAUAGAUGAAGUAAGCAGUGUACCCCUACUUAAAAUGUCAUAUCCCUCAUCUGUCCAAGGCAUCGAUGUUCAAGGCUACAUUGGCACCAUACUCUCUUCUUUGAAGUCCAAUAUUGAUGCACAGACAAUCAAUGGAAAGAAAAUGCUAAUGAGGUAUGUUUCAUCAUAUGUCACCAAAAGCCAGGAAUCGAUUCACACAGAUACACUGUAUACUUCCACAUUAUCCCCAGCUACUACUGCUUUCAAGUAUUCAAUGUUAUGAGACAUAGCAUAACCUGAAAUGUGGGUUCUUUUAACCUCCAGAAACCUCGCAAACAAUAUCCCAUCUCUCUAUCAGCAGAUGAAAGUUUACCUCUUCUUGACUGGCUUCACAUUGUCAAUGAAACAGAAGGUGUUCCCACUCGAUAUGCAGAAAAUAAUGUUGUAUUGGUCGAAUUAAGGUUUUGCUCUAUCUUGCAUAUUUCUGCCAAUAUCUUUUUUUACACUCUCCAACAGACAUUUACAAGACAUCUGUCCUCCAACUGGUCAUUCCCUUCCUUCAAAAAUCAUUUUUUUCCACAAAGCACAUCUGCUUAUGGCAACAACUUUCAAUGAUGUCUCAUUUUAGGACAUGAGAGAACAACUUGUUAAUUCUCGUCAAGAGCCAUCUCUGUUUAGGCGGGUUUACACGAUCGUUUUUCCUUAAAUUUUUUUCGAAAUACCCUCUCAAAGAUUUGAGCUUUCUAGUGAUUUCCUUCAGACUGGGUAGAGGAGAGAAUCCUUCUUCUUCAAUUUUAUUUGACACACGUUGAACUGCAAUUCGCCUUUUAUCCUUCAAAUGGUACUCUGGGUGCGAUACAUCAUACAAAACCGGUUCAUCUUGCCAAUCAUUUAUAACAGCUUCGACCAAGUUGUCAGGCCAUUCAAAUUUUGCUUGCUGUUUCUUUUUUGACAAUUGUGAAGUUGUUUCUUUCGCUUUAUUCUAAUUUUCGUUUCGUGCUUCGGGGGUCAUCGGGUCACUCUCCGAGCGUCUUUCAGCUUCAGUUCUACAAAUAUUUGAUUAGCAAAUAUUGAUUGUAACGGAAUUAUCAUUCUAGAUCACAAACAAACAUAACAUGAUAUUACCGUGGUAAAUUUUCACUGUUUAACUGCCCGAUUCACUUAAGAUGCCUGUUUCUAACUUACUAACUAAGUAGCUAAAUCGUAAGUGGCUUACAGUGAAUAUUCUAUUAAAUCAAAGCAAUCCUAGCUAACAGUUUGGUGCAAAAUGAUGAAAGUGGCAUUUUAAGAUCUCUCACCUUUUGCUAUUAUCCAUUUGUUGCAUAAACUCUUGGAAAUGUCUUCGUGUAUACUCGUCCAUCUUUAGUCUUCUUGCAAAACACUGACACAACCCCUUUUAGUAUGCUCUAAGUAUCGGUUUAGUCAAUUUUAGCUAUAUCGAAGGUGAAUUGAAAACGAUUGAUGCCAUUUAUAUAGUAAACUACAAGGAAUGUGAAACAAGAAUUGGAAACAAGGGUUACAUGUAUCCAGGAAUUUGUACAAUGGGUAUUUGCGUCAGCGAAAUGAGGCAUCACCAACAAGGAGCUGCAAAAACAAAAAGGGGAAGCGGUGUAGAUGACGAAAUCGAAAAGGGUAGGCUGAGGCAAAUCAAGGAACUCGAAAUAGGAACUUAAACUGGUACAAAGAAAACUUAAUAGCCGAAAUUGCAUCGAUAGCUGGGUGGGAAGAAUGGUAGGCGUUGUAGCUAUCACUACCUAAUCAAACAAGGAAUUGUUGACGCAAAUAAUGUUGACGCAAUUGCAAAAGUCCGUCACAGAUUCCUCAUUUUGUUUCCUUUGGUUUUAAGUUCCUCAAUGCUCCUCGUGAUCUAUAAAAUUUUCCAUCUAUACUCGCUAAAUCCACACAUCUGUGUUCGAAAAACAUGGACGACAUGGAGACUGAUGCAGCUUGCGCGAUGUUAAUUGUCUGCGCUUUAAGAAUGAAAAGGAAAAAAAUACGCAAGGUUUGGUGUAAAGAAUGGCUUCAGAAAAGAGAAGACACGAGCUUACAUACUGGGCUUGUUAGCAAACUCAGGUUGGCUGACAGAGAAGAUUAUCGGCGCUUCAUGAGAAUGAAUACCACAACAUUUGAGGUAAGGCCUGUUUAUUAAUUUUCGUUACUAAAUCACAAAUGUAACAGCUCACAGAACAAGUGGUAACACAUCUUUUUAUCAUGUAUCUAACCACCACAGUAUUGCAGGUAAAAGCCUUUAGAUGAAAGCCAUUUUUUAUUUGAUCUCAUUUUUUUCAACACGAUUUUAUUUGAAUUUAGAGAUUAGUAAAUGUAUUUUCUUUCGUUAUUUGAAGGAACUGCUGUUUAAAGUUCGUCCGUACAAUGAAGGACAGACAACUCACAUGAGACAACCAAUCAGCGCUGAAGAGAAACUGGCAGUGACGUUAAGAUUUCUGGCAACAGGUGAAACAUAUCAGAGUUUGAAGUACCAGUUCAGGAUUCAUAACAGCACCAUAAGUUUAUUUGUGCCUAAAGUGUGCCAGGUCAUCUAUGACGUUCUGAAAGAUGACUAUUUUUCAGUACCAUCAUCAGAACAAGAAUGGAUAAAUCUUGCCGAUGCUACCGAGAAGAGAUGGCAAUUUCCGAAUGCUUUUGCAGCAGCAGACGGGAAGCACAUAGCAGUUUACCAUCCAGAUAAUUCAGGAGGGACCUUUUAUAAUUACAAAGGAUUCUACAGCAUAGUUUUACUAGCUUUUGUGGACUAUGACUAUAAGUUCAUAUAUGCAGAUGUCGGUUGCCAAGGUAGGAUAAGUGAUGGUGGUGUGUACCGAAACUCUUCGUUUUCCGAGAAACUUUCUGCAAUUGAACUCAAUUUACCACCCGCCAGGCCUUUACCAAGAUCCAGAAAUCCUGCCUGGACGCCUUACGAAAACGAAGAGGACAUUCCGUUUGUUUUUGUUGCAGACAGUGCAUUCUCGUUGUCAAAACACUGCAUGAAACCGUAUGCUGAAAAGGGGUGUGACGAUAAGAGGCGAAUCUUCAACUACAGACUACGUGAUUGAUGGGUGAUGGAGGGAGGGUAACACUGUUUCUUUUCUGGAACCUUUACCCGCUAGACUAAAGGGUAAUAAGCCUAAAGUUUCAGCCGAAAAAAUUAGGGAAAUAUUCGCAGAACAUUUUUAUGGUCCCGGCGAGGAACAGAUAGGAAAAAUGUCUGCCGCUGGUCAGAGCGUCGUGGGCUUAUGCGCACAUUUGCGGGCUCUUCAAUAUCUGACA